AAAAUUAAUUAAUAAUAAUAAUAAUUUUAGCUAUUUAAUUGCACUUUAUUUCCACUUGUGUCCUGGAACAUAUAUGAAUAAAGGGUACGUCUGAAGCUGCUCAAAAUGUAGAAUAUGCUUUCUUAAUGCUCUUAAGACUAUGGGUUACCCUUGAUUCUGUUAGCACUCCACUGUAUUAUAGCUCAUAAAAAAAGUUUCAGAACAGUUUCCUUUCUUUCAGAACAUGGAAUGAUUGACCUCUGAAUCAAGUAGACUCAUAUAAGAUUUAGAAUGACUAUUUGAAAGCAAUUCAAAGAAAAUGUUAGUAUAAUUUUUCAGCAUUUUCACUCGGAAUAAUAAUUGAUAGUUGAUCAUGAUAGUAUAUUAAUGUAAUAAGAAGCCUUGUUUGAACCAGAAUUACUUAUACUGAAUGAAUAGCUUUUCAGAAGUGUGUUAAGUCCAGUUGUUAAAUUUCCUUUCCUGCAUAGUCUUUUGCAACAGAUCACCCUGAAAAUAAACUUGUUAUAAUGAAACUGUUAUCAGAGAUAAAUGAUAACAUGAAAAUGAAGCUGUUUGCUUCCACAUUGAACUCUGCUGCCUUUGAGUCUGCAACCAGCAACUGUUUCAAAAUACAGCAUUAUCUUGAACCCAUAUCUCUGUCUGCUCUGGUUUCCUGAGGCAGUGUAUUUCAACAUCAUACAACCCCACUAAUGUAACUCUCAGUGUCUCUGAAGUUUAAGCUUAAACCUUCCCCUUCCACCUCUCUAGUAGUAACUUGAUGUGUAAAUAAGUGCUAUGUGAUUAUAUUUAAAUUCUCCUACUUCUAAAUUUAGGAUUUUCAAAAUUGAUUCAUAGUAACUAUCUCCUAUGGGCUUCCCUGGUGACUCAGCAGUGAAGAAUCAGCCUGCAAAUGGAGGAGAUGCAAGUUCAAUCCCUGGGUCAGGAAGAUCCCUUAGAGGAGGAAACGGCAACCCAUUCCAGUAUACUUACCUGGGAAAUCCCAUGGACAAAGGAGUUUAGCAGGCUCACAAAAAAAGUGGGACACGACUGAGUGACAAAGAAGCAACAACAAGCUAUCUCCUAUAAAGGAAAUUCUGAAUUUGUAUCAAACAUCAAGCCUUAAACUUGCCAUUUUAACAUCUGGAAUCUUGGAACCAAAAUUGCAGAAAUGUUCAAGAGGCAAAGAUUCCUUAUUUAGAGCUCUGCAGAACAUAAGAUCUACAUUACUGGCAGGAGAUGGGCAUUUUCUUGAGAUUUUAAGGAGGUUAAGAAUGAAGGGAAUAACAACUGGGUGAAAGCAAAGUUUAGAUUAGAGAAUCUGGUUUUCCCUGGGAUGUGAGUUUAAUUUCCAACUUGCAAAAGAAGAGUUUGUCUUAGAGAUGAAACAUUUCUCCUUGACAUUCAGUCAUGCUUUUCCUGGAACUUCUGGAAAAUAAAUGCUUGCUAAUAGGACAGAAAUGAAAAUAUUCAAAAGAUUUCUAUUUCAUUUCUUUCUCUACCAUUUAGUACAUGAGAAGGGAAAGUUAUAAACAGCUGUGAGUGAGUCAAGUCACUCAGUCGUGUCUGGCUCUGCGACCCUUACCAGGCUCCUCCGUUCAUGGGAUUCUCCAGGCAAGAAUACUGGAGUGGGUUGCCAUUUCCUUCUCCAGGGAAAACAGCUGCUUGAAAGAUAAAUGACAGCAAAGAUUCAUCCUAGCAAAUAUCUUAUUUAACCUUUAUAUUGUUUCCGAUUGCCUAAAUUCUCAUGUUUGUGAAGUUUUGUGAAGUACUAGGUAGUCCUGGAAAAUGAUAUUAAUGGUUAUACUUAAAGCAUUAAAAUCAAACUUAACUUUGCUCAUUUUUUGUUUUAACGUUGCUCAUUAUUAAUCUCAGAAGUAACCGGUGUAUUUCUGUGACCUUGCUGAGACCUGGUCACCUAACAGAGAUUAUGCCUAGCUAUACCAGAGAAAUUAGAUUCUGGAGGUGUGAGUAAUUAUUUAAGGAGAAGAAUAGCAUUAACACUGGCAGAUACUUCUUGCAACUUCAUCUAAUUUUGCAUUAGGAAAAAAAGGAUCCAAGUUUCCAUUUUCCUGGUCAUCAUUUCACAUUUAUAGUUCUGUUGUUUUGAUCAUGUUUAACUUUUCCAGAUGUCUGCUUUCAAGAAGCGGAGGGGGAAAAGAAAUCUUUGGGUGAUAAGGAAGAAGACAACUUUGCAUGUCUUCAAUAUACAUUUCUUUCAGAAAAACAUAGACAUUCUGUAAUACCUCCAUCGUGCAUUAUUAUUAUCCCCUUAUAUUUUAUCAGGUAGAUAUCAAUCAACAGAACAUUCGUUUUAAAAGCAAAUUAGAGUGGACAGAAAUAAGUUUUAGUCAAAAUACCUGCUUGUUGCUGGCUUUAGCCUGAAUGGGAAGGUACGGUCCAUCUUUCCAUGACAAAUGCAUUUGGGAUAACAAUAAAAAUGAUAUUUUUCUGCCCCCAGUGUUAUGUUUAUGGACUGCAGCCUUCAUUGUUAAAAACCAGUAACACUUUUUGAUCUACAAAAUUUGAAGUGCCACUGAAUAAAAUGAGACCUUUGUAUUGCAUGAAAGGUGCAAAAGUAAAUCUUUGCCAGUACCUUCCCCCCUGUUCUCUUGCUUGUUCUAUGUCUACCCCAUCUCUCCCUUCAUGUUAUUCCACCCCCCCCCCCGCCCCAGUUUUCAGCGACAUCCACCCUCCUCACCCAGACUCCCAAUUUUUUUUUUUCCACCGUCUGGCUUCAGUCUCGGAUGAAGCCAUUCCACUACAGACCAAGUUGUUCAGCUCUGUGUCAACUCUGCCAGAAAUGUUUGCAUUUCCCAAGAGCUUUCCUGACAUGGAAAUUUAAUAGAAUAAUGGAGUAAAGUGCUAACAGUGGAAUUUAACACACCGAGAAAUGCAGACUGAUGUAAGUAUGGGCUUCUUCUCGGUCCUUUCAAAGACUACCAUCAAGAUGACCAUCCAUAUUGCUCUUGUGAAAUGAGGAUCCAAAUACAAAAGCAAAAAAGAUGUAGUUUGUGAAGCAUUCAAAUCCUUCUAGUUGAUUUCGGAGAGAAUAUGUUUGUUUUUGAACUCUUGGCUCCUCCAAGGUCACUGUUGUUCAGUCAGCUAUCACUCACCCACUCUUUUAACCCAUCCGUCAGAUAACAAAGAGGUGAAACCAUAAAAGCGAGUUCUGUUACUCAUCCCCAAGGCUGAUUUGAAACCUGUGUUCUCAGGAACCCCUGAUGUGCUGGAUGCCGUUGUGAAAAUAAGUGUCGUGUUGACUGACUUGAGCUUUUACCAAAACUGCGAGAAUACUUUGGACCCCGUGGGUACAUGAGAUAGAUUGGGCUCUCAGGAGGUCUCAAAAUUUGGCCAAAGUGGUGAAGCUCACCAAACACAACUGUUCAGUUUUGCCCAGUCCAGAGAGGGUUAAAUCACUGCUGGGCAUUCCAAACCUCUCUAAUCUUAUCCUGGAGAAGUGGAGUUCUGCCUUGGUUUACAGUUGAGGUCACCAGCAGGGCAGUGUUUAGACAGGGACUGAUGGAAUUACGCAGCAUUGUUAACAUUAAAUAGCACCUGGUGGUAAGGACCCAUGAUGGCACUGGGUUCCUGUGACUCCGGGAGCACACUAUCUUGACAUAGAUGCCUCACCGAGAUGUGUUGGACUCGUAAAAUGUGUGAAGGGCUCUGUGUGGCUUUUCAUCAUUUGUUUAAUUUGAAAGAAGAUUGUUUUAAGGGACUUAUCAUAGAGUUAAGAAAUGUUUCUAGGGAACAGAAACUGAGCAAGAAAAUUGAUCUUUGUUACCGUCAAAGUCACGCGUUACAAUUCACUCUCCAAGGUGACGCAGUAUCUCCUUGAGGGGAAAGCUGCCAAAAGUGUUGAAAGUGAUCUGCCUGUUUUCUUCUCAAGCUGAUUUGCAGGGAGGCCCUGGUAUUUAGAGACUUAAAUCCUUGUGGAGAGUUUACUAAUAACUGUUCAUCCCUGUUUCUAAGAGAAGUUGAAAUAAGAAACAUCACACUUGGCAGCUAGUUGUGUGAAAAUUAGUAAAUCUAUGUUGAAUUUCCCAGUCAUGUAUUUACUUAAAAAAAAAAAACAAAAGCCUUGUUUCCUUUUUUCCCCUAAACUUCACACUUGAUAUAAAGGUUUACCCACUUCAGUCAUGCCUUUCACUGUGUGUGUGUGUGUAUAUGUGUGUGUGUGUAUAUGUGUGUGUGUAUGUGUGUGUGUGUGUGUGUGUAUGUGUGUGUGUAUAUGUGUGUGUGUGUAUGUGUGUGUGUUGUGCUUUCCAGGAGUGGCAUGGGACUGUGCUGUUUAAUCAGGGCUAUAUUUAAAAACAAAUUUGCAAGGGAGCGUUUCUCACGUUAUUAAUGAGAUAAAGUCAGAGUGAAGCAAGCUCUGUCGCAAAGGGCAAGUGUCAUGAGGCAGGAAGUCCCGGCCAUCUCUUCUCGCUGUGCUUCAGCCACCCGCCACCUCGCUGGCAGCCCAGAGCAGGCUCGGAGGAAAUGCCCGCCCUUGGCCACAAGCGCCUACUGCUGCUCCAGGGUCCCCCCUCCCCCGGGGCUCUGCACCCACUCUGACCUGCCUCUGUCUCCAGCAUCCCCGGCACCUGCUUCACACAUGGCUUUUGUGUGGGACCCUCGGGGAGCCUCAGUGCCAGGACUGUCCACAAGAGUCAAGUCAAGAUUACGAUUGUCAAAGUCUUACAGUUUCGAUGUGGACAAUGGCACAUCUUCAGGACGGAGUCCCUUGGAUCCCAUGACCAGCCCGGGAUCUGGGCUGAUUCUCCAAGCAAAUUUCGUCCACAGCCAGCGUCGGGAGUCCUUCCUGUAUCGCUCCGACAGCGACUAUGACCUCUCGCCAAAGUCUAUGUCCCGGAACUCCUCCAUUGCCAGUGACAUACAUGGAGAUGACCUGAUUGUGACUCCCUUUGCACAGGUCUUGGCCAGCCUGAGAACUGUACGAAACAACUUUGCUGCUUUGACUAAUUUGCAAGACCGAGCACCUAGCAAACGAUCACCCAUGUGCAACCAACCAUCCAUCAACAAAGCCAGCCUAACAGAGGAGGCCUACCAGAAACUGGCCAGCGAGACCCUGGAGGAGCUGGACUGGUGUCUGGACCAGCUAGAGACCCUGCAGACCAGGCACUCCGUCAGUGAGAUGGCCUCCAAUAAGUUUAAAAGGAUGCUUAAUCGAGAGCUCACCCAUCUCUCUGAAAUGAGUCGGUCUGGAAAUCAAGUGUCAGAGUAUAUAUCAAAUACAUUCUUAGAUAAGCAACAUGAAGUGGAAAUUCCUUCUCCGACUCAGAAGGAAAAGGAGAAAAAGAAAAGGCCAAUGUCUCAGAUCAGUGGGGUCAAGAAGUUGAUGCACAGCUCCAGUUUGACCAAUUCAAGCAUCCCAAGGUUUGGGGUCAAAACUGAACAAGAAGACGUCCUUGCCAAGGAACUAGAAGAUGUGAACAAAUGGGGUCUUCAUGUUUUCAGAAUAGCAGAGUUGUCUGGGAACCGACCUUUGACUGUUAUCAUGCACACCAUUUUUCAGGAACGGGAUUUAUUAAAAACAUUUAAAAUUCCAGUAGACACUUUAAUUACAUACCUAAUGACCCUGGAAGAUCAUUACCACGCUGAUGUGGCCUACCACAAUAAUAUUCAUGCUGCAGAUGUCGUCCAGUCAACGCAUGUGCUGUUGUCCACACCUGCUUUAGAGGCUGUGUUUACAGAUUUGGAGAUUCUUGCAGCAAUUUUUGCCAGUGCAAUCCAUGAUGUUGAUCAUCCUGGUGUGUCCAAUCAGUUUCUGAUCAAUACAAACUCUGAACUUGCCUUGAUGUACAACGAUUCCUCUGUCCUGGAGAACCAUCAUUUGGCCGUGGGCUUUAAGUUGCUUCAGGAAGAAAACUGUGACAUUUUCCAGAAUUUGACCAAAAAGCAAAGACAGUCAUUAAGGAAGAUGGUCAUUGACAUUGUACUUGCCACAGACAUGUCAAAGCACAUGAAUCUACUGGCCGAUUUGAAAACUAUGGUUGAAACUAAGAAAGUGACGAGUUCUGGAGUUCUUCUUCUUGAUAAUUAUUCUGAUAGGAUCCAGGUCCUUCAGAACAUGGUGCACUGUGCCGACCUGAGCAACCCGACCAAGCCUCUCCAGCUGUACCGCCAGUGGACGGACCGCAUCAUGGAGGAGUUCUUCCGCCAAGGGGACCGAGAGAGGGAGCGGGGCAUGGAGAUAAGCCCCAUGUGUGACAAGCACAACGCAUCUGUGGAAAAAUCACAGGUGGGCUUCAUAGACUAUAUCGUUCAUCCUCUCUGGGAGACGUGGGCAGACCUGGUCCAUCCUGAUGCCCAGGACAUUUUGGACACUUUGGAGGACAAUCGUGAGUGGUACCAGAGCACAAUUCCUCAGAGCCCUUCCCCGGCACCUGAUGACCAGGAGGAGGGCAGGCAGGGUCAGACGGAGAAGUUCCAGUUUGAACUGACUUUAGAGGAAGAUGGCGAGUCAGACACAGAGAAGGACAGCGGGAGUCAAGUCGAAGAAGACACUAGCUGCAGCGACUCCAAGACGCUGUGCACUCAAGACUCGGAGUCCACCGAAAUCCCCCUGGAUGAGCAGGUCGAAGAGGAGGCGGUGGCGGAGGAGGAGGAGAGCCAGCCCGAGGCCUGUGUCAUCGGGGACCCCUCCCCGGACACGUAACAGGGCCCAGACUUCCAUGCCUUUCGUUUGUGUUUUGUGUUUUUUUUUUUUUAAGUAGAAACGUUGUUUCCAAAGUGCAUGUCACAUGCCACAACCACGGUCACACCUCACUGUCAUCUGCCAGGAUGUUUGUGGAACAAAACUGACCUUGACGACUCAGUCUGGCGCUCAGGAAUAUUGUCACCAGUUUUUUCACCUCCAUGUCAUCAGAACGAGAGGGACAUCUUCAUGGACAGCAUUGUCACAGGACUGCGGCUCCGUUGAACUGAAGAAGCCGAGAAAAUCAACUCUAAAGUGUUUUCUAGGGAGUGUGGCUCAUUGGGCAGCCCCAAAGUUAAGAUGAUUUGGGGUUUUUUUUUUUUUUUUGUUUGCAAUAUUUUCAGCAGAAAGAAGGCAUUAUUACAUGGAUGCAGUGAACAGAUGGGUGAAGCAACGAAUGGGUCAGGAACAGGACAAAGUGUGAAGCUGUUACCAGGAUAAAGAUGAGCCACAGAAAUUGCAUAAUUUUCUAAUUUCAAGUCUUCCUGAUACCUGACUGAAUAGUGUGGUUCGGUGAGCCGCACUGACCUCUACAUUUUGUAUGAUAUGUAAAACAGAUUUUUUGUAGAGCUUACUUUUAUUAUUAAAUGUAUUGAGGUAUUAUAUUUAAAAAACUACGUUCAGAACUUCAUCUGCCACUGGUUAUUUUUUUCUAAGGAGUAACUUGCAAGUUUUCAGUACAAAUCUGUGCUACACUGGAUAAACCUAAUUUACAAAUUUUACUUGCACCUUAGACUUCAUAGCAAUCAACUGAUUUGUAGUGACCCAUUGUUUUAUAUACCAAUGACUUCCAUAUUUUAAAAACAAAAAUUGACUUUAUGUUGCAGGAAACCCUUUUUGUAGGUCUUCAUUUACUGGCUUUUCAUUUUGGUCUAUUCAGACACGCAGAGUUGCUCCCCACUGACAUUUCUCUUCACCGUGUGCGAAGUGAACACGUGUUCCAUAAUACUCUGAUGUGUGUUCUGUCUAAUGUAUCUCAAGCCUCAUGGACACUCAGUCAUCAGUUGGUAUUAUCUGAAGCAAGUGAGAGAUAUAUAAAUACCCAGUAGCUAAAAUGGUCAGUCUUUUUUAGAUAUUUUCCUACUUCGUGUCUUCUGAUAAUCUUUUGCUGUGGUGGUAGACCCUCAUUUCACAAAUGCAUGUCUGUAAUAAUGCACACAUUUCAUGCUCAUUUUUAUUGUUUUCAGUCAGUUAUAGUAAGAAAACCUUUUUCCCCUCGUGCUGCUUCAUUAUUCAGUGUGUGUUUGAACCUCUGUCCACAUUUACUACGUGGGGUCUUAUCAAAUAUAUCACCACCAUUCUGAUGGAUGCAAAGAACAGGUAGUCAAGUUAGAGUUAGCAUUCUUUUCUGCCAUGAGGUCGUAUAUAAUGACUAGCUUUUACUUUUGAUUUACAAAGAAAAGUUAAUGGCUAGCUAGGUAAUUUUUAACAAUAUUAGUAGAAUAUAUUAAUGAACACCAGUACAAUGAAUGCUCUUUUGUUUCUAUGAUUUCACCAUGGGAUUAAGGACUGUAUGAGGAAUAUUCCUGAGAAGUGAUUUUAAGUGUAGCAAUGACUCUUCCUUAAAGGACAGCCACAUAACACAUAGUAGCAUUUCUUGCUUUAUCAGUUAUCAUUGAUCCAGAAGUAUGUCUAGUGGAGGAGAACUUUAAAUAUGCUGAUAGAAAGCAGUUGGUGGUGCCCCUAGCACCAGAGGUUUGGUGAUAUGAUGCCGUUUUAAAUUACUCAGUUGGGUAAGAAGAUAUUGACUAAAUCAAACAUUAGAGAUCACUUUUGGCAGAAUUUAGCAUCAAGAAUUGUAUUGGAAUUUUAGAAAUUGAUUCCCAGCAUUUACCUUUAAUUGGCAUCGUGGAGCAUUUAUUUAGUCUGGACUUUCUUCCCAUUUCAGCUCUUAAAAAAUGGUUACCUUCUCUGUGAAGAGUUUGGAGCCCAAAUAAUCAUUUUUCACAGUGACAUCCAAGAAGUCAAGUAGAGGCUAAAGGAAUAUCUGACCAAACAGAACAUAGAACAGUAAAUGAAAUUGUAAUCCUGAAAAAUGUUUAUACUGGGGAUGUCUCAAGGAGCCUUCUGGGGACUAAUCACUAAAUCAUCAGCCAGGGAAAUGACCCAGCUGAAGAUACUAUUUUAGUCCCCUGAGAGCCACUGAUGCUUAGAAACAUUGAUAGAAAAAUUAGGUAGCUGUGAACUUCGACAUGGAGCACAGGAUAGGAACUGACCAAUUAAUUAUCAGAUUUCUACCUCCCUUCCCCUGUAAAAUUCAGACAGUAAUCUUUCAAAUAAAGUCUUAUGUUUGGCAAGUGGUUUCACAAGAACAAUUGGAAACUUGUUUCCGUUUUAAUUUUGUCCCUGAUGGAGGUCUAGAAGAAAAGGCAAAGAAUCUAAGGUUUAUUCCUUUCUCCCAAAUACUCUCAAUCCCUCCCUUCCCUCAUGCUUGGUAUUUCCCCCACAGAGUGCCUAGAACUUAAGAAUGAAAAAAAAAUUAAAACAGCAAUAUGUCACAUAUCCGGACCUGAAAAGGUAUAUAACAGCACUAAAAAAGGGAGACUUUUUAUUUCAUCAAUUUGUUGGUUUUAAUGGUCACAUGUGUGAAGAUACCCACUGAUGGACAAUCAAAUUGUAGGAAAAAAGUGAUAUCUAAAAGACAGGGACUAGUGCUGUACAAUCUGCUUCUCCUCUCCCUUCUUUAUCCUCUGCUCUCGCCAAAGUGUGCUUCAGAAUUAUACACUGCUUUAAAAAGAAUACCCUUUUAUAAGUGGCUUUACAUUUCCUAAAAUAUUGUAAGAAAAUACAGUAUCUGGGUACUGUAUGGGGAAGAAAAUGUCCAAGUUUGCAUAAAACCAGUAUAUUUCAGCUUGCAAGUUACUAAACACAAUAAUGCUGUUUUAAUUUUCUUUUCUUUUACAUCACUUAAAAUUCACAAGAAAAUAAUGUAGAUAGAACAAAUUGUAGACAAGGAAAAAAAAAAAACUUGAAUGAAGUGGAUUUUACCGAAAGCUUUAUGAUACUUUUUGAAUGCAUUAUUUAUUUUUUUGUGCCAUGCAUUUUUUUCUCACCAAAUGACCUUACCUGUAAUACAGUCUUGUUUGUCUGUUUACAACCAUGUAUUUAUUGUAAUGUACAUACUGUAAUGUUAAUUGUAAAUUAUCAGUUCUUAUUAAAACAUCAUCCCGAAUUGGGAUGGUGUUGAUAUAUUUGGAAACUCUUGGUGAGAGAAUGAAUGGUGUGUAUACAUACUCCUUGUACAUUUUCUUUUCUUCUAUAAAAUAGUCUUGUUACCUUAGAGCUUGUUUAUGGAAGAUUCAAGAAAACUAUAAAAUACAUAAAGGUAUAUAAAAUAUAAAAAACAUAGCUGCAGGUCUUUGGUCCCAGGGCUGUGCCUUAACUUUAACCAAUAUUUUCUUCUGUUUUGCUGCAUUUGAAAGUAAGGUAAUGGUGGGGUUAGGGCUGGGCAUUUUACAUCUGAGCUUUGAAUCAAUUGGAUUUCUGGCAACAGCUGGAUUGUACAGAACCACGGUUAACCUCUGGAGCAUUCUGAGACUCUUUUGAGAGACAACCCCUUAAAUGCUUUUUGCCACGAAGCACCAUAGCAUAUAUGAUGGUGGCUUUUCCUAUAAGAUACUAACUGAGCUGCUUCAGUUAGUUACAUUUGAUUUUUUUUUUAAAUUUUCAAACACUACUGGGAAAAGAUAUUCUUGUCCAAUAAUUAUAAAAAGUCUUUUUGACUUCUUGAGCACAUGGACAAAUGAACUUGAUUUGAAACUAGAGCCAUAGGUCAUGCAUGUUAGUACUUUAUUAUUUGGCUUCCUGCCAUGUUAUAACAGAAAACAUAAAAUAUGAAAAAGGUCAUUUUUGUUAAACAGAGUUUUUCUUCAACUAAGAUGAAUCAAAUUUCCUUAUGUAUGUAAAUUCAUAUAUUAAACACAAAGUUUUAUAUGACACCAAUUCACAUAACAUAAUGGAGUCACCAUUCUCUAGAAUGUGUGUUUCUGUGAAACUUAACUUGCUUUAGAAUUUUUAAAUUUAACCUUGCACAGAGGCCAGCUCCUGAAAGCUAUGAAAAAUUCCCAGUGGCUGAUGUGGGAACCUCUUUCCACUGCUGCCCAGCCCUCAGAAUGUGCAACUUAGUGAAGGGAGAGAAUCUUUUUCUAGGAAAAUGAGCCUCCUUUUAUUUUAUUUCAUUUUCUUUUUUGACACAAACUGUAGAUUUUAGCAGCCCUGGCCCAAAGGAAUUUGAUUACUUUUGUUUUAAACAGUACAAUGGGGACACUAUAAUUACAAAAAGAAAAAAAUCCUUACUGAUUUUAGUUGUUUUAAAUUUGAUUUCUUUGGAUAUGUUUUCAGAGUGGUCAAUUGUGUGUGAGCAUUACAAAUGAUGAUUCUUUUAGUGGUUUCUUAGCCUCUCUUACAGCCCAUGGGGAUAGUACUGUACAUCAAUACCUUCAUAUGAAAUUUUUAUAUGCAAUGGAAAUAAAAGCAUGGGUUGAUUCUGCCUA